AUGGAUAGAUUUAUUACUCGGACCUCGAAACUGAUUGAAAGCUCACUAUCAACUUCUGAAACGUCAAAACAGAGUGAAGACUCACCAUCAACUUCCGAGACUUCAAAAAUUAGUGAGAAUUCACCAUCAACUGCUUGGUCGUCAAAACAGAGUAAAGGAAUGUAUCAGUUGUACGAUGAAUCUUAUAUAUCCAUUGGUUUCACAUGUUGUGGUCCAGAAGAUGAACCUAUUCCCGAGUGUAUCAUAUGA